AUGCCUGACAAAUACAAUGGCCGGAUUCCGACACUGAUCAAACCCAGGGUCAAGCAGCCCAAGAUCAACUACGAGAUCAUCCGCCCGAGCAUCGGAUCCGGCGCAUUUGGAAAAGUGUACAAGGCUCGAAACUUGGACACUGGCGCCAUGAUGGCUGUCAAGGUCGUCGGCGUUGUAGACGAUGGGCGCGAGAUCAAGAUGCUGAGGAACGAAGUCGAGAUUCUUGCUCGAUCCAAUCAUCGCCAUAUCGUCGAGCUCAUCACGUCCGAGGGCUGGCGUGGCCAUGAGAUCAAGAUCUUCAUGAGCUUGAAGGAGGGCUCUCUGACAUCACUGGCACUGGCAACCUCCAAUUCCAAAUUGCACGACAUCGCCGAAACCGCCCUGCAUCACAUGCUCCAAGCUCUCGAUUAUCUCGCCUCGGAAGAUAUCCUGCACCGAGAUGUAAAGCCAGACAACAUUCUCUACUCCAUGGACAGGGGGAAACCUCGCUUUGAACUUGGAGACUUUGGCUUGGCCAUCGAAGCCCGUCACUACGAAGAUCAUGCCGGUACCUUUGCCUACAUGGCCCCGGAUGUCCUCCUCCGUGGAGCCGCUCAGACAGCCAAAUCCGACGUCUGGUCCCUCUACGCCACCAUGCUCUGGGUUCUGGAUGGGCGAGGUUUCCGUGAAAAGUGCCUCCGACUGAGAGACAAUGACGGGCCCGAACAGCUCUUUCGCGACAUUGCGGAUAUGACUCGGCCCGUCCCUCAAGAGCUCAAGCACAUCGAGGAGAUGGCGGCAUUCAACGCCAAUUGCAGAGCUUCAGCAGGAGAGAUGCUAGACAAGCUCUUUCGUGGGCGAGGGAAUAGAAAGCCGAAUGUGAACCCUCCCCGCCAGGAGAGGGGUAUGCGCGAGGUAGGUGCUGGACGCCGGGAGGUGGGACGACCCAGGGAGAGAGCUCCAGGACCACGAGCGUUCAACGUCGACGACCUUGUACGAGCUUUUGACAUCAACCUCGCGGAGCAACAGCGCGGACUUGACCGGAUCGAGAAGGCCAUUGCCCAGAUGCAGACGCUGCCGUGGGGUUAG